UAGUCGCGACAAUAACUAGAAAAAUGUUCGUGAAGUUCGUCGUUGUCCUUGCCUUUGUGGCCGUCGCCAGUGCCGGCGAUUACUCCAACUUCGCAUACAGCGUCGCGGAUCCUUACACUGGCGACUUCAAGAACCAGGUGGAGAGCCGUCUGGGAGACAACGUGAAGGGUCAGUACUCGCUGCUGGAGUCUGACGGUACUCGCAGGACGGUCGACUACGCCGCCGGAGCUUAAGGCUUCAAGGCUGUGGUCAGGAAGGACCCUGCCUUAGUCGCCGCUGCUCCUCUCAUCACCGCCCCUUACGCCUACGCCGCACCCUAUGGAUUCCCUUAUUAUGCUAAAUUUGGUGCUCUCCCAUACAACGGCUACUUCCCUUACAACUACAAAGGAAUCUUUUACUAAAACAAAAUGCACUAAGACUUAUAAAUAAACAUACGA